AUGUUCAAAUCGGUCCGUCGAGCCGUGGCGCAGGGGGUGGAGAAGACCUGGAACACGUUUGCUUCCCAUGGAGAGGGGCGAGGUGAUAGCCAAUGGGAGAAUGAGACCAACCGAUACAAGAAAGAGAUUCUUGUAGCUAGCAAGGAUCUUGGCGUCGGAACAGACCCCGAUGUCAUGGCUGAUGCUAUCCGGAGGAUAGGACAUCUAGCUUGGGCAGGCGGCCCUGAUGCCGCCAAGUGCGCCGCCUCCUUCCUCGGUGUCCUGCUCGGCUACGUCUCCGACCGUGAGACCAGCAUGGCGGUUCGUACACAGAUCGUGCGAUCCCUCAGCGAGAUCUACCGAGGUCAUCGCGACCACGGAGAACUGUUCCGAACCAUGGGGGUUGUACCUCUCCUGGCCGACCUCCUGAAGAUGUACGACGACUCAGUGUUGCUCCGGUGGUGCUGCUACACCCUCUAUACGAUAUGUGCGGGAUCCUUGAUGAACGUCGCCUUGGUAGAGGCACAUAAUUUGAAGGAAAACUUGACCGUGCUUGCGAGAUCGUCUUGGAAGGGAUGGCCAAAGAACUACGCCCAGGUGAUGAUGCUGAUGGUAGGAUAUGCCAAGGAGGAAGACUUUGAUGAGAAAGAGGAGGGAGAUGAGAAAGCGAAUGAUUAUCCUUUGGCCCUAAAGGACAUCUUGAAAGGCAAGGGAGCGGCAGAGACAAGCGUCAUAAAAUAGAAAUUUGCUCUUUGAACAAAGAUGUUAUCCUAGAUGGCUUGUGUAGAAGUUUUAUGUUAUUAGAUUUAGUUCCUUUUUUUCUCCUGCUCGUACUGCCAUCUCUACCAUUGUUACAAUCUUUGUAACCAUCACGUCACCAUUAUUACAACCAUCAUCAGUUCACUAGCAUCAUCAUCCUGAGUUCCAG